AUGACAUUCACCGCAUUUUGUUAUGAAUUAAUUACACUUCUUCAUUCGCCACGCUUCGACCGCCAUUCAACCACAAAUCGUUAUACGAACCGUUGCAAUUCAUCACACAUUCUUAUCGUAAAUUAUCGUAAUUCUUCACUCUAUCCUAUCUUUCAUCACACCUCAUCGUCACACACCGCACUUUAUCGCAAUUCACCACAAACCGCCCAUUCACCACACUCUAUACCCAUUCACCAUACUCCACACCCAUUCACCACACUCCAUACCCAUUCACCACACUCCACACCCAUUCACCACACUCCACACCCAUUCACCACACUCCAUACCCAUUCUCCACACCCAUUCACCACACUCCACACCCAUUCACCACACUCCACACCCAUUCACCACACUCCACACCCAUUCACCACACUCCACACCCAUUCACCACACUCCACACCCAUUCACCACACUCCACACCCAUUCACCACACUCCACACCCAUUCACCACACUUCACACCCAUUCACCACACUCCACACCCAUUCACCACACUUCACACCCAUUCACCACACUCCACACCCAUUCACCACACCUCACCACAACCCAUUCCCAUCCACCGCCUUUAUCACACAGAUAACAAGAUAAUUUCGGGUCUCGUCUAA